GAUCAGGUUCCGUCAAAAAACCAUUAUUGCUCGCGCUUGUAAUCCCAGGUAUGCAUGCCAUCUGCACGAGGCUGUCAGGUCGGGGUGCUACACGUGUCGUCUGCUCCAAGACAAAUGCUACCAAGGGUCCGAUUUCAAAAAACAAAUUACACAAUACUGGGAGAAGGAGGACCCCACCUUAAUUAACGAUCUGAGGGACGAUGUCAGGGUGGAAUGUGGCAAAUUUGGAGAGGUGAAAAAUGUUAAAAUAUUCGACAACCAUCCUGACGGUGUGAUGAUGGUAUACUUUAAGGCAGCAGAUUCGGCUGAUGGCUGUAUAGCGGCCCUUCACCAGCGAUGGUUCUCCAAGCGGCGAGUCAUUGCGCAGCAGUGGGACGGACGAACCAAGUAUGAACUCGAGGAGUCCGAGGCAGAGAGGAAUGAACGAUUAUCUAAAUGGGAAAAGUUCCUGGAAAGUGAUAAUACGAAAUCACAGGGAGAAAGUGAAUGUGUCGUUACAAAAUCUCAAAGUGAUGAUGCCGUAGACAAGAGUGCUAAAACGGACUCAAAAUCUGAACCAAAUGAUGUUGAAGUUCAACCAAAUAACAACAAAGGACAGGACGACAUUGGUUCCAUUGACAAGAGCAAUGGUAAAGGGUCUAGCAAUUCCCAAGACGUCUCCUUAGACACCAUGCCCUCCGAGGAAGAGACCGGCGAUUCAGCAAUGAUCACAGAAUAAAUUACAUAAGGAAUAUA